AUGGCGGCGUCCGUCGGCACGGGGGCGGCCGGCCGGGGCGGCUCUCGGGGCCGCGCGGCCCGCACCCAGCGCGGCAGCCGGCGCCCAGGCCUGGGCGGAGGCGGGGCGGGGGCCCUGAAGCGCCUCAAGCUGGCCGUGGCGGGCUUCGUGCGGGCCACCUCCGCGGGCGAGGCCCCCGCGGGCUCCGAGGGCCGCGGCGGCGCGGGGCGCGCCGGGCCGCCCGCCAGGAAGAGCCGCCGGGAGCUGCGCCGGGAGAAGCGGCGGCGGCGGAAGGCGCGCCGCCCGCGGGGCACGGCGGGGCCCGGGCCGGAGGGCGAGGGGGCCGGCGCCCGCCCGCCGCCCGCCCCGGCGCCCCCGGCCCGGGCCGACGCCGAGGCCCCGACGCCCCCGGCCCGGGCUCAGGCUCCACGGACCCCCGCCCAGGCCACGACGCCCCGGGCCCACGCCAAGGCCCAGGCCGCCCCGGCGAAGGCCAGACCCUCGGCGGAAGCCGCCCGGAAGCGGGCCCUGCUGUUGGCCAACGAGGAGGAGGACCGAGAGAUCCGAAAGCUGGAGCGAUGCCUGGGCCUGAACAAGCGCAAGAAGAAGGGCGACGGCAGCUCCGUGCCUCUCAGCUUCGCGCGAGACGGGCUAGACUACAUCCUGGGAGCCCUGGAGUCCCGGGGCGGCGGCGGCGGCGGCCUGUACGACAGCAGCAGCGGGGAGGAGGAGGGUGGGGAGGGGGAGGCUGGACACACCCUCCCCGAGAGUGACCCGGAGAGCUGCUCGGAGCUGGAGAGCGAGGAGGAGGAGGAUGCUGCCGCGCAGCCGGAAGACCCGGAAAGCCGGGAGGAAGCAGCAGGGGAGGCACGGGAGAAGAGGAGACAGAAGACUGUCCGUUUUGCAGAUGAAGAGAAGAGUCAGAGUUCUUCAGAAGAUGAAGAAAUGAAGCAGAGCUCCUCCGGAGAGGACGACCCGCCACGUCAGGAGAGCCUUUGUGAGGGCGGUAGAAAGUAUGUGCCGCCCCAGGUGAGGCAGGCAGAGGGGACAACGGAUGUCCAGAAGAAGGAAGAACUAGAAAGGCUGAAGAAACAGGUUAAAGGCCUCAUUAACAGGCUGAGUGAGCCGAACAUGGCCUCCAUCAGUGGGCAGCUGGAGGAGCUGUACAUGACCCACAGCAGGAAGGACAUGAGCGACACCCUCACUGCAGCCCUCCUGGGCGCCUGCGUCACCACCUCGGCCAUGCCCAGCAGGCUGAUGAUGGAGCACGUGCUCCUCGUCAGCAUUCUUCACCACACGGUUGGGAUCGAGGUUGGCGCUUGCUUUCUGGAGGCUGUGGUGAGGAAGUUUGAUCAUGUCUAUAAAAGUGGAGGUGAAGACAAAGAAUGCGAUAACCUGUUCACCAUUAUUGCCCAUUUGUACAACUUCCACGUGGUGCAGUCUCUCCUGGUCUUUGACAUUUUGAAGAAACUUAUUGGAACCUUCACAGAAAAAGACAUUGAGCUGAUCCUGUUAAUGCUGAAGAAUGUGGGCUCUGCCCUGAGGAAAGAUGACCCCCUGUCACUGAAGGAGCUGAUCACGGAAGCCCAGGCCCAGGCCAGCGGGGCGGGCGGCAGGUUUCAGGACCAGACUAGGAUACGGUUUAUGCUGGAGACGAUGUUGGCGCUAAAGAACAACGACAUGCGCAAAAUUCCGGGUUAUGACCCUGAACCUGUGGAGAAACUGAGGAAAUUACAGAGAGCUCUGGUGCGCAGCGCUGGCUCAGGUUCUGAGACUCAACUUCGUGUCUCCUGGGAUGGGGUCUUGAAUGCAGAGCAGACCGGCCGCUGGUGGAUUGUGGGGUCUGCGUGGAGUGGAGCCCCAAUGAUCGACAACAGUCAUCAUGCACACCUGCAGAAGCCCCUUGCUGGCAAGGUUAGCUCAAAGAUGCUGGAGCUUGCCCGGAAACAGAGGAUGAACACCGAUGUCAGGAGGAACAUAUUCUGUACAAUCAUGAUGAGUGAGGACUUCCUGGAUGCUUUUGAAAAGCUGCUCAAGCUGGGGCUGAAGGAGCAGCAGGAGAGAGAAGUGGUGCAUGUCCUCAUGGACUGCUGCCUGCAAGAGAAAACAUACAACCCCUUCUACGCCUUCCUGGCCAGCAAGUUCUGCAGCUAUGAGCGGCGAUUCCAGAUGACUUUCCAGUUCAGCAUAUGGGACAAAUUUCGGGACCUAGAAAACUUGCCGGCCACUAAUUUCUCAAAUUUGGUUCACCUGGUAGCACAUUUGUUGAAGACAAAAUCACUUCCACUCUCCAUCUUGAAGGUAGUCGAAUUCAGUGAGCUAGACAAGCCCAGAGUCCACUUCCUACGGAAAGUGCUGACUAUUGUGCUAAUGGAAACAGAAGUUGAAGACUUGGGUUUGAUUUUUUCCAAAGUGGCUGACAACCCGAAGCUGGGCGUGCUGCGGGAAGGCCUGAAGCUCUUCAUCGGCCACUUCUUACUCAAGCCCGCACAGGCCCACCCGAGCGCCGCGGAGGCGGGCGAGCUGCGCGGCAGGGCCGACCUCGCCACCAAGUCUCUGCAGGGCAAAGCCGUCCUGAGGAUGUAGGGGGUGGAGUACGAGGUUCCUCGGCUGAGAAGUGAGAAGCGUCCUCUGAACACAGGCCUGUCCCCUCACCUCCCUGUGCGAAUGUGGGGGUUACGUCUUACAGCAUCCACUUUCAUAACCGUCAGAAGAUUGUACAAAGGGCUUAACAAUUGUCACAUUCUAAGUGUUGUAUUUUGAGAGAGAGUUUUUGUUGCAAUACUAGUUUUGAACUCAGAGCCCAAAGCACUCUACUGCUUAAACUAUACUCCAGUCCUUGAGGUAAUUUUGAGGGUUUUUCUUGGCCAGUUCUGGGGCCCUGAGUUCAGGGCCUGA